AUCACCAGAGAGGAAAACGCAAAAUAAAGCCCGGGCGCCCUCGGGGACGGCUCCAGCCGGGCGAGCCGAGGCUGGGCGGAGGUACCAAACGCCUGUCCCCGCUUCCCCCGCCCCGUUCCCCCUUCUCUGCCCUCCCUGCCCCGGCUCUGGCCCUGCCCCGGGACUCGCAGCUCCGCUCCGCGCAUCCCUGUCCGCCUCCGGGGCAGCAGGAUGGUUCCCAUCGUCCUGGAGGUGACCUGCAGCUUUGUCACCUGGCUGUGCCUCUACAGCUGGCUCUGCCUCUGGAACCGGCAGCGUUCCUACAAGUGGAGCUGUCGCCUGGUCACCCUCCUGCACGGGCUCAUUGUCACCUGCCUCUCUGGCUAUGUCAUGUUCCUGGAUGGCCCCUGGCCUCUGACCCACGCAGGUUCACCAAACACCCCUCUGCAGAUCCACGUGCUGUCCCUGACUUUGGGCUACUUCCUCUUUGACCUGGGCUGGUGUUUGUACUUCCAGACAGAGGGGGACCUGAUGCUGCUCCACCACACCCUGAGCAUCUGUGGCAUGAUCCUGGUGCUGGGGCUGGGCGAAUCCGCCACGGAAGUGAACGCUGUGGUGUUUGUCAGUGAAAUCACCAACCCCCUGCUCCAGGCCCGCUGGUUCCUGCGGGAAAUGGGCUCUUACCACACUUCCCUGGGAAAAGCGGUGGAUUUCCUCUUCGUGCUCCUCUUCCUGGUGCUGCGGAUCGGGGCGGGAGCGUGGAUCAUGUAUGGCAUGGUGACGUCCCCCAAACCCAACUGGCUCCUCAAGGCUGGGGGCCUGGCCAUGUACGUGGUGUCCUUGGGGUUCAUGGUUGAAAUCUGUCGAUUUGUAAGGAGGAAAAUGUGGAAAAAAACCCCUUCCCUGGACACACGAUCUUCCCAGGAGUAGGGGUGCACCUGUGGAAACGACUUGGCUGCUCGUUUAUGGGUUGUGGAGAACAAUCCCCUGGGUUUGGGGCCUGGCUGCUGGGGCUUGUUCCUGUGAAAAGAACUCCUAAAAUGACAUGGAAUUGACUUUCUGCUGCCCCUGGAGGAGAUGGAUCGGUGCUAGGAACAUGGAAAAGCUGAGAGAAGAGGGAUUUGAGUGGAAACCUGACUUCCCCAGCAAUGGUACCAAGGAGGGUGGCAAUGCCAGAGACAAUCAGUCUGCAACCAGUAAUUGCACAAUCUGUAUGUUCUGUCCUCAUUUCCAAUGCACAGUUAUUUGACAGUGGAGAGAAAAUCAAAUAUGAAAAAUCCCAUUUUUCUGCCAGUGGGACUGGGUAAGGGGAGUGACCUGGCAAAGAUUUCCUGAGCCUCGCCCUCCUUAAUAAUCCUGGAUUUGGACAACCUGCCUGGCUAAGCACUGGAGUGAAAGAGUCUGAACAGGACUGAAGCGCUCGCAGGGGUGUAGUGGAGUUGUCCUUUGAGUGUGUGAAGUGACGGUACUCAGCGUGAGGCCAUGUUUUACCUCGUUGUUUUUAAUGACACAUUUCCUUUCCUCUUUUCUUUAAUACUUCCAUUCGGGCAGGUGCCGAUCUCAGAGCAGAGGGAUUGCCCUGGGACUGACUCAGGCCCUCGCAGAGCAGAGCCAGGAAUUAGACUUGUGCCAAUAAACUCCAUGAGCAGGCGCUGGCCCAGGCUGGGAUUGCCUCAAAAUAAUCAUCAGGCUUUUUGUGAGAGUGGGAGGAGAGUGCAGAGCCCCCCUGGAUGCUCUUUCUGUUCUGGGGUUGGCUCAUUUGCAAGCCAGUUAAGCUGAAUUCAUGGCUAAUGAGUCAAAUAUGUGACUAUUCCCAGUGAUGUUUAGGCAGAUCUCGGUGUGACAUCCGCUCCACACCAGCAGGCCUCAGAGCAUGGAACAGUUCUCUCGUCUUCUUUACCUCUCAGAAUGGUGUUCUGACAUUUUCCCUGGGGUUUUAAUGUGAAUUUCCCCCUGUUCAAGGCCGCAGUUCAGAUUUAGUCUGCUCUAAAAGGCUCCCUGAGAGCUGAGAAGCAAAUGCAGAGCUGAGGGAGGGGAACAGCAGGAAUGCAGCUCCUCUACUGCAUUUAUCUCACUGAAUUUGGCUCUGUUCAGGGCAGAUAUCAGCCUUUGGCUGGGGCUCCUCAAGGUGUCUGGAGAGAUUAAAAAAUAACCUGAAAUAACUUCACUUUGGACACAUCCACUGAAAGCAUUGCAGCUGUGAACCUGGGCAAGUCCCUGGGCUAGUGUUUUUAGGAAAGCUGGAGCCAGAGUGGCCUCCUGAGGUGAGGGCACCUGCCAGGCUCACUGUGUUCUUCCAAAACCUCCUCUGAGUGACGGGACUUCCAAUAAAGUCAUGUUUUCUUUUGAAAGAGAA